CCUGGGGCUGCAAGAGUCGACAGCGGUCCAAACGUUGUCCUCAACCUCAACCUCCCCAGGCUCGCCGUCGCCGUGGCCGCAACUUUUCUGGCUGUACACACCAUUUACCUUUUCGCAUAGCUCCCCCUUCAUCACUCACUGCCAGUCUCUCGUUAAGCAACAUUUCCCUCUUCUCCGGGGCCCAGGAGCUAUGUCCUCUAACCCUAACUACCAUAACGCCAAUAAUACUCCUUACGGUUCUGGCGAUCCAUACUACAACGAGUCCUCGGGAUACAUUACUCCAAUGCCUAUGAAGAAACGUACCAGCAACUGGGUCAAGUUUGGUAUCCCGGUGGCCAUUGUUGUCAUCGUGGCUGCUGUACUUGGCGGUGUCCUUGGAAGCCGUGCAUCGAAGAACAGUAAUUCAAGCAGCUCUUCAUCGGCGUCCGACACUUCCCCCUCUGGCGAAGCAGCUGCGAGCAGCGCCGCCUCUGUCAAGAACUCUAUCGGUGUUUUCCCCACUGCUACCGACAGUUUAUACCUUCUUCCUAUUUACCCUUCAACCACAAAUACUGCCGCCUUUACUUCCCCCACCUUUCACCCUUCUAACAACGAAGCGCUCGCAUGGCCGAAAGACCCCUUCCAACCAUCCAGCCCCAGCAGGACAAGCGUUCGUCCCGACCGACCCCGUCUUGUUGCGCCUUCUUACAAAUGGCAAACACUCCCGACUCUUAUUCAAACCGACCCUUACCUCAAGCAAUGGAACGAUACCAUCUUUGGCAAUGCUACUCAGUAUUAUUCUCUCCCGCCAGAAAAGUAUUUCAUGGAUGGCGGUAGCGGUAUUCUCGAUAACGCUCGUGAAAUCAAGAUGCGUAUUAAAGCGUUCGCUUACGUUUACCGCAUGACGAACGACACCAAAUGGGUUGACCGUACUUGGCAGGAGUUACAGAAUGCUGUCAGCGACAGCUUCGGCCCUAACGAUAACACCAAAUGGAAUCCAGGGCAUUUCCUCGAUACCGCAGAGCUCUCAGCUGCCUUUGCUAUCGCCUACGACUGGCUUCAUGAUGUAUGGCAAGAUGACCAGAGGUCCCAGAUCAGGGCAAACCUCAUCCAGUAUGGUCUCAGCCAGGGUCUUGCCGCUUUCACCAACAGUGACAACAAGUUCAAUGGUUGGUGGACGAAUAACACACAAGGCAACUGGAACUGUGUCUGCAACGGUGGACUCACGCUCGGUUCCCUUGCCAUCCUUGGUGAUGAUGAUUCUGGUCUCGCGGAGCAGCUCCUUGGCCUAACCGUCGACAAUGCCCUGCAGAACUGUGCUCAGGCUGUCACCACCGAUGGUUCAUGGACAGAAACUGCCAACUACUGGUACUUCGGUACCACCGGGCACGCUGAGAUGUCGGCAGCGCUCCUGACCGCUACCGGUUCUGACUACGGUUUGCUCGACAGCAACAAAAACUUCCAGUUGACUGGUCUUUACCAUAUGUACGUGACGGGCUUCGGCUCUCUUUUCGCGUAUGGUGACCACGGUCCGGGAAAGUUCUCCACCACCGCGAAUUCCAUGUUCCUCUACGGUGAUCAUUACAACCACCCCGAGUACGUCCUCUUCCAGCGUGAUCAGCACGACGCCCCCGAGCCGUGGAGUAUGUUCUGGUACAACCCGACGGUCUCGGGUGCAUUCUGGGACAACAUGCCCCUCGAUCACUUCUUCGAUGAUGGUCUUACACAGUGGGCGGCCAUGAGGAGCAGUUGGACGGACUCGAACGGGUUGUACGCCGCUAUCAAGUCUGGCAAGUUGACCGGACAUCAGAACCAUAAUGAUCUCGAUGCUGGUGAUUGGGUGAUGGAUGCUCUCGGUACGCGUUGGGCUGGUGACCUUGGUUCGGGAGACUACUUGUCUGAGGGCUACUUCAAUGGUGACACUCAAGAUGCCGAUCGUUGGUUGUACUACCGCAAGCGUACGGAGGGGCAGAACUGCAUUUUGGUCAACAAGCAAAACCAACUUCUCACUGCGGCGCCUACCGUCAAGGCUGAAACUGACAAGACUGCACAAGGUUCAAGCACAGUCUUCGAUGUACCCAGUGGCUCGACUGCAUACUGGACCACUGAUCUCGCUUCUGUCUAUGAUUCGUGAGUGCGAUUUUCUGCAGAUGAUCGUGGUUUGCGUAUGAUCAACGACCGCAAGCAGGUUUUGCUACAGGACGAUAUCACUGCUACGCAGCCCAUCAUGUGGCGUAUGCACACGAACGCGACCGUGUCUGUCGAUCAGAGCGGGACAUCUGCGACGUUGACAAUCGGAGACAAGACGUUGCAGAUGCAGAUAUUGAACCCAACCAGUGACAUGAAGAUCUCGACGGGCCCAGCUUCCCGUUUCUCUGAUGACCCACCCCUGCCUCAGAAUCAAAGUGAUCAGGAGAAUCCAGGAGUGACAGUUGUCAUGAUCAAUAUGGAUGCAGGAACGAAGAGCUUGCAGGUGUUGUUCAACCCUCAGUGGCCAGGAAUGUCGUCGAGCGAUUUCAAGACCCCACCGAGCGUCCCUGUCGAUUCGUGGUCGUUGACGAGCCACAAUUAGAUGGACUGGAUUUCUUUUUGACACUUUGACAGACGAUUAAUCUGUGAUGGACAGUUUGGUGACAGUUUGGCAUGUUCGAAUUAGUUUAGUAUUGCUCUACGAGAAGUCAUUGUUCUUUUGCAUUGAAUGGUGUGAGGCUUGAGAGCAUUGUGUUACGUGAAUGAAGACAAUACCUGCCUAGUGGGAAGCCGCUUAGGGGAGGGGACAAAUGCAGGCAGUGAGGCUGACGCCGGGUGGUGUUGACGGUCGCCUUGGUUUCGGGUGAACGUGCUGUCUGUCGCCCACGAGCGAUAUCUCGUUCGGCCCUUUCCUCCAACAUCUUCAUCCACUCUCAGCAGUGGGAGACGUCCGCUCAUUUGUCCUUCACUCUUUUCCCUUCCCGGUCCUAUCCUAAACAAAAACCCUUAUACAAUCCGUCUCAGAAGGCCCAGUGAGUUUUCUCC